AUGUUGCCUGCUGAGGAUGUUGUGCUGAAGGAUGUGGUAGCGACGGACGAGGAUAGGAACAGUUUCGAGGACAAGAUUAGGAUUGCGGACUACAAUGAUAAUGAGGUGGACACAACUAUUAAGGUGGAGAGUUGUAUCAUCAAGGUGGAGAUAGCCGAGUAGAUUCGUAUCAUCAAGGUGGAGAGUUGUAAUAUCUUCAAGGACACACCAGGUAGUUUCCGAAUUUUUGCAUUCCUCACGACCAUCCCUGACUCUUUUCCUAGCAGAAAAGAGGCCAGGAAUUAUGUUCUGAAGAAUGUAAAAAUUCCGUAACCUCUAACUACAAGACUGAGGUGGACACUAUUAAGGUGGAGAGUUGUAUCGUCAAGGACACUAAGGAGAGUAUCAAGGAAAAUAAGGACGAUAAGCAGGAGAAGAUUCCUGAGGAUGUAUCUUCAAAGCAAGGUGAGGCCGCGGGUCUCCUCACGAAAGCUGUAUCUUCAAAGGAAGUUCUUGCAGAGGCGAAGGCGAUGAAGAAUGCUGAAGGAGACGACAAGGCGACAAGUGCUGUUGAGGAUGCGAAGAAGGACGACGACGACGACCACAAGGUUGA